UUCCGGUUCGUAUUUCCAGCGGCUGCGGGAUCCGCGGAGACCCGCGCAAGAGCUAUGCCUGCGCGCAGCCGCCACCGCCCCCGUUUCCAUUCUGGUUCUCCUCCCCGGGCUCCGCCUCCGCCGCUCGAGGCGGUUCACUCCAGCGAGGCUCGGAGGGUACCGGACUCCGACGGCGGCUCGGACGCCGACUCGGAGGUGGGUCCGGGGAGCCCGCCUCAGACCUCGGAGACAGCAGAGGAGGAAAUGGCCGGUCCUAAUCAGCUUUGCAUUCGCCGCUGGACUACCAAGCAGGUAGCUGUUUGGCUGAAGGAUGAAGGCUUCUUUGAAUAUGUGGACAUUUUGUGCAAUAAGCACCGACUUGAUGGAAUCACAUUGCUAACGCUGACUGAAUAUGACCUCCGGUCUCCUCCUCUGGAAAUCAAAGUCUUAGGGGACAUUAAAAGGUUAAUGCUCUCGGUCCGAAAACUGCAGAAAAUACACAUUGAUGUUUUAGAGGAGAUGGGAUACAACAGUGACAGUCCCAUGAGUUCCAUGACUCCUUUCAUCAGUGCUCUUCAGAGCGCAGAGUGGCUCUGUAAUGGGGAGCCUUCACAUGACUGUGAUGGACCCAUCGCUGAUUUGAAUUCUGAUCAGUACCAGUACAUGAAUGGUAAAAACAAACAUUCUGUUCGAAGAUUGGACCCAGAGUACUGGAAGACCAUACUGAGUUGUAUAUAUGUUUUUAUAGUAUUUGGGUUUACAUCUUUCAUUAUGGUUAUAGUCCACGAGAGAGUGCCUGACAUGCAAACCUAUCCACCACUCCCAGAUAUAUUCUUAGACAGUGUUCCUAGAAUCCCAUGGGCCUUUGCCAUGACAGAAGUAUGUGGCAUGAUUCUGUGCUAUAUUUGGCUCCUGGUUCUUCUUCUUCACAAGCACAGGUCCAUUCUUCUGCGAAGGCUCUGUAGUCUGAUGGGCACUGUGUUCUUGCUUCGCUGCUUUACCAUGUUUGUGACCUCACUCUCCGUGCCAGGACAGCACCUGCAGUGUACUGGAAAGAUCUAUGGCAGCGUGUGGGAGAAAUUACACCGGGCCUUUGCCAUCUGGAGUGGCUUCGGGAUGACCCUGACCGGCGUGCACACUUGUGGAGAUUACAUGUUCAGUGGCCACACAGUCGUCCUGACGAUGCUGAAUUUCUUUGUUACGGAAUAUACACCAAGAAGCUGGAAUUUCUUGCACACUUUAUCCUGGGUUCUCAACCUCUUUGGAAUCUUCUUCAUUUUGGCUGCCCAUGAACAUUAUUCCAUUGAUGUGUUCAUUGCCUUUUAUAUCACAACAAGACUCUUUUUGUACUACCAUACACUAGCUAAUACCAGAGCCUAUCAGCAGAGUAGGAGAGCAAGAAUUUGGUUUCCCAUGUUUUCUUUUUUUGAAUGCAAUGUUAAUGGUACAGUACCUAAUGAAUAUUGUUGGCCCUUUUCAAAACCAGCAAUAAUGAAAAGACUAAUUGGAUGAAGACUAUCUUUGUUAUGGGUUCGUGAUUAAAUAUACAAAGGCUGUUGAAAGUGAAUUACUUUGCUUCUUCCCCUGGUUGUUCCUGGAUGCCUUGCUUUUUGGCUUAUAUGUUAACAAAGUAAAGUUCCCUGUUCUGAGCAAGGCUGUGAUUAUAGAAAGCAAGAAAGAACAAUCAAGAGUCCUUAUGUAUCUGUUUGAACAGAAAGCUUAAGUAGAUGUUUUCUGCCCCUUCUCUUUAGGCAGAGGUAAUGUGAUUGAAGUCAGGCUGUUAAUCUUACCUGUUGAGUAUUUGCUUAUUGAACUUAAGCAGAUCAACUUGUGCAAUUUGCUGGUUGAAAGCUUUUUUUUUUUUUUUUUAAUUUUUUUUUAUUUCCAGUAGGACUCCAGUCAAGAAAUAAUAUGUUUUGAAGCUCAUUAUCUUCAAAAGAAAAACCCCUACCUAGUGAACAGUACUUGUUCUUUGAACUAAUCUCUGUGUCUUUUUAAAAAUGCAACUCUGGAAAGGGAUCCGUUUUACUAACAAAUAAUUUUUAUCUUCUGAACCAUCUUUAAGAAAAGUGUAUUGAACAUACCAGGAUGUUUGAAAUAAGAAGAGAAAGGGGGCAUAUAUGAGGUGACGAAGUACAAAUACAGUACUUGCAUUUUUCACCAAAGAUGCAACAAAAGAUGCAGCUCCUAUUUUGUUCUGAGGGUUCAGUAUUCAUGAGGGGAACAUUGCUGCAUCCAUAAAAAUAAAAUUGGCUGACUUUUAGUGAUGUAGGUACCUGGAAUAAGUUUGUGCUAUAGCUGUUAGUUAGAAGACAGCCCAAUUUUAUGCUUUUUAAUGAUGUUGUUUAAUGAGCAAAACAGUGGAGUGUUUUACCAGAUGUUAGAUAAACUUUUUAUGUCCUUAAAUAGGGAGAUAUGCAUGCAAAAGAUAUUUUUUCUCUUUCUGAAAGAAAUUUAUAGCAAGUUGCAGGCAUAAUACAACUUUUUGGUUUUUGAAAUUUCUCAUUCUUGGUCAUCAGAAGUAAGCAGUCACAGAUGUAUUUGGAUCUGAAAAAGUUUUGUUUUUUUAUUUUUAAAUACAAUUGUGUACAUACAUUCUUUCUAUUUAGUCUUAAUUUGCCAGUCAGGAAGUGAUAUAACUUAGUUGCUGUUUACAACACUAGAAAUUUAGUACCUUAUGUAAAAUAAUUUGAUCUGUGUGAUAACAUUUGUCACUUUACUUUUAAUGCUUUUAUAUAGUAGUUGUGAUAGUAGGUAGGAUGGGUAUAGAAUUGGAAUUUUAACCCCAACUGAUGAGCUUAGCCACUUGGAAUAUUAAUUGUGUAGUUUUUACAUUCCAUUUUAAAACAAGGUGUUAGAAAAGGUGCUGGCAUAUCGAGGUCUAAAAUUAGGCCACUUAGCCAGAGCCUGCUCCUCAUAUGGGUGAAAUAUUUUAUUUUUGCACUUUGAGUCAUAUUCCUACCACUGUAUAAGCUAUGGAGGAGCCUUGAAUGGAUUGGGUGGGAAAGGAAUAUUAUGCGAACAAGUUUUAACCAAUGCUAAAUGACCCCAGUUUGGGUCUGCUCUGAACAUUAUUUUUUAUUUCUCACUUGAGAAAUGGCACAAAGCAAUUCAAGUUUUAUUAUGCUUUUAAAACUCAUACUUCAGAAUCUUAUAAUAGCUUAAAUUGUUGAUUCUAUUACAUGCAGGGGACAAAAAUGCCAACAUUUCAUCUAAGGAAAUUGCAUAAUUAUGAAGGGUGGUGCUUCCUAUGCCAGUUAGAGUAUUUUGACUCUUGAGGUCAAAAGAUGUGUUACUGCCAUUUUUUUUCCAAAUGACAGAACAGGACCGAAUUUCUCUAGGGAGGGACUAAUGUUCAAGCUUUUAGAAAAGUGAAAAAAACCUGUGGCAGAAUUAAUUCAAGAAUGUUAAGUAGUUAUUUAGUGGUAAAAUUUUCUAACAUCAGUCUUCUUUCCUUCAUAUGGAUUCUAUUCUAGAACAAAAUAGAAAAAAAUAAAUUACAACUAAUUUGCAGAGCUAUUAACAUUGAGAGUGUCUAACAGCAGACUACUAUGAAGAUUGUAAAAUAACUUUUCAGCCUUGGAUUUGUCAUAUCUGUUUUGAGGAAAAGGUAAACUAGACUUAUAAUUUAUUGUUAUAACUAUUACAAGGCAAGUGUUUACAUAAAUCAGUCAUCUCCAAGUCUCUUUCUUGGAAAUUGAGACAAAGUUCUUUUCCGUUUUUUUGUUGUUUUUUUAAUAUGAAACCUAUAUUAGUUGUUUUUUGUUUUGUCCAGAAAUUUCUAGAUUUUUGUCUUUGUAUUUUUUUUCUUGUUAAAAUCUAAACCAUAGUGAAGGUAGUAUUGAAAUUUAUAUUUUGAGAGUGAAUGUGGCUAGGUAGAGAAGCUACAUGCCUUAGAUCUCCAUAGUUUUUGACCUUGUAUUAAGUUCUACAGUUGCAGACUUGUGAGAAGCUUACAUCAUUAAACACUAAGACUUCAGUAUAGGAGGAAUGAAGAAGGUUUUUGGUUUGGGGAUGCAAACUGGAGGUUAGUUAUGUUGAAAGUUCUUUGAUGCAUUUUCUAUGUUCCUGGGGACAGUGUAGACUUUUUUCUUCCUUUCCUCCCUCUUCCCCCCACCCCUUCCUUCCUUCCUUCCUUCCUUCCUUCCUUCCUUCCUUCCUUCCUUCCUUCCUUCCUUCCUUUUCUUUUCUUUUACAGUCCAUGCAGGGCAGUGUUACUAAAGGGUAAUUGAAGUUAAUAGGGAGUAGAAUGUUUUGAAGAAGGCAAGUUUGCUGUUCUCUUGAAAUAAUUUGGGAGGGACCUUUUUUGGAUGUGCUGCAGAAUUCUCAACAUGCCUGUCCUCUCCGUAGUUCUUUGUGGCCAGAAUUGCUAGGGUAAAAGUACAAUACAACUUCCAUAUGCUGAGUCUGUUUAUUUGUAUCCCUUUAAAUCAGAAAGCAAUGAGCUUAGCCUUAGAAUCAGUCUGUUAAUAAGUGUGGACUGUUCACCAGAAAAAACCCCGCUGCGAGUGGUGCUCUUCUCUGCCCUGUGCCUGCCUGAUGGUCGUUACUUACAAUUCCAAAAUUCCUACACUUUGUCGGUGAGAACAGAGGAGCCACAUGUUUUUAUAGAUGAUAUGCAACAGUCUGUUUUAGGGGCAUCUGUUUGGAAAGUGUUAUUUAUAUAUUCACAGUCAUAUUCAUAAUACCAACCUUCUUUGACUGUACUCAGCAAAAGGCAAUUUCAUCAUUAGUUUCAUAGUACUUUUUAAGGAUUCUAAUUCCAAAAUGCUCGAGAACAUUAACUUUAUUCUUGUUUUAAAACCCUCUAAUCUAAUUUCUUUGAUAGUCUUUUUGUAGACUUAAGUUAUCUCUUACUAAAAAAGUAAUUAUAGUAAUAGUCAUUUUCAGUUCUUGAAGGUAGUCAGGCAUUUGAGACAAGAAAGCUCUCUUUUAGAAUAGUCUAGUAGCUUUCUGAAACAGUAUUGGUUUCAUCUGGAUAGUUGCAAAGCCAACAAAGCAUGUCAGUUUUAAUGCCAGUUUCACUUGGCAUUUAAGACAGUUUGCAUUUGUAAAGUUACACCGGAAUUACCCCUAUCCCACUGUAGAGGAGAAUUGUUAGUAACAUCAAAAGUCAGGCUGCUUCAGGUGACCAAUGAGAAAGGAAAGAGGUUGAGGUUCUUUUUCCAUCUCUGUCUUUAUGUGGCUUUGAAUGACUGAAACUACUAUGGAAAUAGGUUUUGGCUCCCCUCUGGCCUACCCCUCAUCCCCAGUGAAAUCCACCAUUUUCAAGUAACUAAAAUGUGGCCUAUUACUUUGCAUCAAGUUGAAUAAAAAUAUCUAUGAAAUCCAUAAGCCAUAAUUCAGCUACCAAUAAAGUUGGUUUUUAGCAUAUGUUCUACCCUAAAUUAACCAAAGGACUUUCUAUUCGGUGUAUUCCAUGUUUAAGCAUAAAGAAAUUUUGUGCCUGAUAUGGAGAGAGAAGGAAUACUAUGUUAAUUUCAUUGUUAUUUCAGGUCUGUUUUAACCUGAACUUCUGGGUUGUCUGAACAUAACAAAGCAAUGUUAUUAGUAAUGGUAUCUUAAAAAUGCUUAAUUUUAAUAAUUUUUUUAUUCAGAGAAUCUAUGGAUUGUUAGUACAAUUGAAGUAUUUCUGAUAUGGAACAAAGGAAAUGGAAACUGGUACAUAAUGGGGGAAGCAAAAUUAGCUUGGAUUAAAGUGGGCAUGUUUUGUUUCAAGAAUUCUACCUAAAUGUCACCCUAUCCACAGAGAAACUCGUAUUACUUGAAGAUGUGAAAGUCCCUGUGGUAGCCAUACCUUGAAGCACAGUAUUGUAUAUAAGUAAAUACCUUGAUUCUAAAUUAAAUCCAGAUUUAACUAAUAUAUAUUAUUUUAUAUCUUUGUUGUAUUAAAAUGUUUUAAAACACUAAAAAUAAAACAUUUGAAAGUUGAA